ACUCAACGAGGUCAAAAUGGUAGCUCACUGGAUGUGAAAGGGUCGCACUGAAAGUCAGCUUUAUGAAUCGAGAACAUGUAUAAAACGCCAUGUAGCAGACUCUCAGGGUAUGUUGGUGUGAGUGUGAAACAGAAGUUAACUCAAAUUGCUCCUCGAUGUAACCAAACUGCUCGCAGCCUUUUUCAUGUGCACAAAAGAGAUCCUUCAAAGUGGCUGACAUAUCAGCAUCUCACCUUUCUAAAACGACAGUAUGUAGCAAAAACCAACAGUGAGCUUCACCAACGUGCCAUCCCCAAGCAGACACAAGUGGCCAAUAUUGAUGAAAGAGAUGACAGCAUUGAAAGGCUUGUAGAGAGAAUACCACCUGUUAAUCCUGUUCAACGGCCAGAACAUGUCACCAGUAAUCCACAGCCUGAAAUCUUCACGUUGAAGCCCACUACAGAAAAUGUGGCUGCACGGGAAGUUUCUGUGGCCCGUACGACUGCAAAUCCAGAUGAAACUCCACACGUUCAAUUCGAGAUGGAGAGCGCAAGUCAGGCUCGUCUAGACAGACAGUGGAAGCAGCUGAAAUUCGAUGUGUCUGAGUUACCAGAUAUCUAUGCUCGACUCUCCAAAAUCAAACUCACAGCUCUGGUGGUUUCAACGGCAGCAGCUGGCUUUGCGAUUGCUCCAGUGGCCUUUGAUCCCAUCAUCUUUGUUGUGUCUUCUCUGGGAACGGGUCUUGCAUCCUGUGCUGCCAAUUCAAUUAACCAGUACUUCGAGGUGCCCUUUGACUCCAACAUGAACCGUACAAAGAACCGGCCGCUGGUCAGAGGACAGAUCAGCCCCCUUCAUGCUGUGUCAUUCGCUCUGGCCUGUGGCAUUCCUGGAGUGGCUCUGCUCACUCUGGCAGUGAACCCCCUGACGGGAUUCCUAGGUGCGCUCAACAUCUUUCUGUACACCUGUUGCUACACGCCGCUGAAGAGACUCAGCAUCACCAACACCUGGGUGGGAGCUGUGGUCGGAGCGAUACCCCCAGUGAUGGGCUGGACCGCUGCCACGGGCUGCCUGGAGACAGGUGCUUUGUUGCUGGGUGGUUUCCUCUACUGCUGGCAGUUCCCCCACUUCAACGCUCUCAGCUGGAACCUGAGGGAAGACUACUCCCGCGGCGGCUACCGCAUGAUGUCCGUCACGCACCCGGCCAUGUGCAGGCGGGUGGCCCUGCGCCACAGCUUGGGUCUGAUCGGCUUGUCGGCCUUGGCGCCCGCGCUCGACGUCACCACGUGGACCUUCCCCGUCGUCUCGUUACCCAUCAACCUGUACAUCAGCUACCUGGCGUUCCGCUUUUAUCACAAAGCGGACCGCGGCAGCGCCCGCAGUCUCUUCUUCUGCAGCCUGUGGCACCUGCCCAUGCUGCUGCUGCUGGUGCUCACCUGCAAGAAGCACAGCAGGAGUCAGGAGGCUCCGGCACCGUUAACCCUCACACCGCCUGCUAACUAGUGUCAACAGAGACUUUUUAUUUGUAACUACAGGGAUCCUUCAGGGUCUCGGCGUGCUCAGAGGAACGUUGGCUGAAGAGCUGCUUUACAGAAAACACACAAAUUCAUGAGUUCACGUCCAUCUAGAUGUGUGUAAAUAUUUAUAAACGUCCCAGCAGUUUGUCCACCUGAUGAUUGUGCUGUUGAACUUCCUGUUAGGAGCCCCCAUACACCAGGCUGACUACAACGUUACGAUACCUUGAAGCUGAGUGUGUUUAUUGAACCGCUUUUUGAAAUGGCUGUAAUUUUAUUCCCUUCAGACUGUGAAGCUUAAAUGGGUAAAAGCCUUCGAUGUUUGAAACAAUACUCGUUAGAUUCCAAUGUUUUCACCUAAAAUAUGAAUCUCAAGGACUCAUUGCAAACAACAUAAAACGUAAAAAUGUUUUCUUGAGCUAUAUCAAACGAUGAAGUUUGGAAGAGUAGUUUUCUAAAAAUACUGAUCAUGCGGUUUUGAAACGUGGGUACGCACUCGGUGUAAACAAAGCACUGAAAACCAGGCAAAAGCUUGAGUGACUUGGGCUCGCUGGAGUGUGUGCAUGUAAAAAAUAUGGUGGAUUUAGGUGGAAACUUGAGUAAAUCUGUUGAACGUGAAAAGACCGAGCUCGACAGUCAAACGCGCAGCUUUAGCGAAACAUUAGCUAGACCGAUGAAUUUAGUUUUGCCAUUUUUAACUCAAUCCGUACAGUUCACAGCCAUUUUCAGUCUCUUCGGCUGUUUUCUGCAGGUAAACAAACACACUUUGGAGUUGGCGGCUGUUUAAAACGUUUCAAUUCAAGGGCGCAUUAAGAACUGCGAGUACCGUUGAAGUCGUUUGUGCGGAGUUUAACUGAAAGCCAAAGUCGCGAUGCGUUCAAGUGCAUUUAUUCCCCCCAGGACGCUGGGGAUGUGAGGAAAUGAGGCAGACGGGGGAACUUCCUGUUUGGUGUAUACGGAUGAAACACACGAGCAUCAGUACCUGCAGAUUACCUCAUGAAGACCUAUAAUCACAAUCUGAUUUUAGGUGGAAGAAUGGGACAAAUCUAAUGUCAAACUGUUUUUGUUUGAUGCCUGUUACUUGACGGUUAAAAAAAAAAAAUCUUGCUUGUAAACAAACGCGCUUACGGGUUUAAUUUUUGUCACUUUAAAGGGAUCAGAUGUUUCCCGUUGGACUCCAGGGCAAAUGUUCUCAAACAAU